CUUCUCAUGUUCAAGCGACGCCGUUCGGUUGCCUCUUUCAGCUAGCUCGACCUCUCGGCUCUCGCUCGAGCCUCAAGUCUGCGUAGAAACGACGCCGUUCUCACGUCGGAAAUACCUCUCCGUCAGCUUCGGCUCCGGCGAGUCCAGGCUUCACAGGUUGAAGGAUUAUGUUCUUUUCUAGGUUUUAUCGGAUGGGAGCCCAUACAAUCAAAAGUCUGGUACAAGCUCCGACUCUUACACCGAGGACUUCAUACUUACCCGUGGUUCAUAAUCAAUAUUUGCAAGUCCUGAGACAUGAAUUAUUUAGCAGUACAACAGCUAAACUGGAAUCAGAGGAUGGAAAUGAAGAAAAGGAAAAAAUAAAUGUGACAUUUGUUGAAAAGGAUGGAGAAGAGACCCAUAUCAAGGUCCCAGUUGGAAUGUCAAUGUUAGAAGCUGCACAUGAAAAUGACAUAGAUCUUGAAGGAGCAUGUGAAGGGUCACUUGCUUGUUCCACUUGUCAUGUUAUUGUGAUGGAUGUGGACCAGUAUAACAAAUUACCAGAUCCGACAGAUGAGGAAAAUGAUAUGUUAGAUCUUGCUUUUGGCCUCACAGAAACGUCUCGUCUGGGUUGUCAAAUAAUUGCGAAACCUGAACUUGAUGGACUUCGUUUAGCAAUUCCUGCCGCAACACGGAAUUUUGCCGUUGAUGGGUUUAAGCCUAAGCCUCACUAAAAAUCAUUCAUGCAGAUAGAAGAUGAAAAGAAGCCUUGUAGAUCGUGGCCUAUAGGAGGCAUGCAUUUUUGCGAUGGAUCCUAGCUUGGGAGGUUAAGGGUUACUGAACCCUUAAUUACGACUUACUGAUAAUUAUCUCACCAUCCAUGAGUUUAUCGUUCUUCUCUUCACCGUUUAUUUUUGUUAUAUUGCAAAUUAACCUUACCCUGUAUUUGAGUCAUAAAAUGAACUUCAGUUCUGGUACACAAGAUAAAUCUAUU